UCUCCCUUUGUCAUUCUAGCUGCCUGCCGCCUCCGCAGCGUCCCUCUCGAACUCUCUGUGCUAACUGCCUGCGCUUUAGACUGACAGGGUGCGCAAAGCAAUAGGAUUAGUUGGGACCUGCCUUGGUGACCCCAUGGCAUCCCCCAGAACCAUAACUGUCGUGGCCCUCUCAGUGGCCCUGGGACUCUUCUUUGUUUUCAUGGGGACUAUCAAGUUGACCCCCAGGCUCAGCAAGGAUGCCUACAAUGAGAUGAAACGUGCUUACAAGACGUAUGUCCGAGCCCUUCCUCUGCUGAAGAAAAUGGGGAUCAAUUCCAUUCUCCUUCGCAAAAGCAUUGGGACUCUUGAGGUGGCCUGUGGCAUUGUCAUGACCCUUGUGCCUGGACGUCCCAAAGAUGUGGCCAACUUCUUCCUGCUCUUGCUGGUGUUGGUUGUGCUCUUCUUCCACCAGCUAGUCGGUGAUCCUCUCAAACGCUAUGCCCAUGCCCUGGUGUUUGGAAUCCUGCUCACCUGCCGCCUGCUGAUUGCGCGCAAGCCCGAAGACCGAUCUUCUGAGAAGAAGCCCUCUCCCCCAGGAAAGGUGGGAAAUGCAGGGAAAGGCGAGGAGCAGCCCUCCUUGUAUGAGAAAGCCCCUCAGGGCAAAAUGAAGUUGUCAUAGGAAAACAGAAGUGCAAAAAGUGGACCUUCCUGGCAGUUGCCUCCAUGACACCCAAAAAGAUGUCAGUGUGUGUUUUUCAUUUGAUUUAUUUACCUUGGGGGAGAGGGAAAAAUAUAAUCUGCAAGUUAAUGGCCCUAUUGGCUUGUGUACACCUAUACUCUAAAAUGACCUCCCCACAUAGACAUAUGUGCGCCACCUUUAAUCACUUCGGGGCAACUCUCACAUCUUGCUGCAUGUACAUGUAUAUGGCUAACUAUUGAAGUGUUUUUUUGAGAUGGACUCCAGCAAGCAUGUGACUGUGAAAUUAUAUGUGUGGGAAAAUGUAUUUACUGUGUGUGUGUGCACGCACAUGCCAAGGAGAAGGCUCUGAUCUUGAACUAAUCCUUCAUAGGUAUCCUUCCCUUUAUAGACCAAUUUUAAUGAAGACAGAAUAAAAUAAACCUCCUAUAAAGAUAAUCCUACUUUUGGUAUAAAACAAGUGAUGUAUUCCCAUAGGAUGGGGGAAUCCCUCAAUAAAUUAAGCUGAAAACUUAAACCUACCACUUUAGGAAAAAGUUCUUUCAAUUUGAGACAG